UAGUACACACUCAUCAAGAUUCAACACAAAUGCCUUCAUCAAAAUUUGAACCAAAUGAUGACAUACUUGAUUUUGUAAUCAAGAAAGCAAAUGGACUAAAAGGCCUAGUAGACACAGGCCUUGAAAACAUCCCAAAUCAAUGUAUUCAACCAAAAGACCAAAGACUAGAAAAAUCUCAAAUUAACAAUCAAGAAUCAAUCCCAACAAUUGAUUUAUCAAAUUUUGAUAAUUUAAGUGUUGAAAAAUCAAUUCAAGAUGCCGCAAGCAAGUGGGGUUUCUUCCAAAUCAUCAAUCAUGGCAUCCCAAUUGAAGUUCUUGAUGAUUUAAAGGAAGCAGGACACAAAUUCUUUGAAUUACCAUCUGAAGAAAAAGUUCAGUAUAACAAAGAGAGCUAUAAUACUGAUGAAUCUGUGUUGAUGUUUUGGAGUGCUAUUGGUGAGAAAGAUGAAAAAGUUUUGGAGUGGAGAGAUGGUAUAAGACAUGGUUGUAAUCCACAAAAUGAUAGCAAUCUUUGGCCUCCUCAAACAAGGAAUCAAGUCUUGGAGUAUCAAAAGUGGGCUACACCACUUGCUAAAAAAUUGCUUGAGGUGCUAUUGAAGGGUCUCAAUGUCAAUGAAAUUGAUGAAUCUUUAGAACCUCUCUUGAUGGGAACUAUGGCUAUCAAUAUAAACUACUAUCCACCUUGCCCAAAUCCAAAUAUCGCCAUUGGUUUUCGUAGACACUGCGACAUGUCCUGCAUAACUCUGCUCCUCCAGGACGACACGGGAGGCCUAUAUGUCCAAGGGACUAAAGGUGAUAACUGGAUUCACGUAAAUCCUAUCAAAGGUGCCUUGGCGGUUAACAUAGGUAACUCGUUGCAAAUCAUGAGCAACGAUCGAUACAAGAGUAUCGAACAUUGUGUAGCAGUUGAUUCUAGCAGGGCUCGAAUAUCUGUACCGCUAUUUGUGAAUCCUAGCCCUGAUAGUGUCAUUGGUCCAUUCCCCCAAAUACUCAAAGAUGGAGAAAAAUCAAUGUACAAACAUGUUUUGUUCUCUGAUUAUUGGGAUCAUUACUUCAGUAAGAGGCCCUCUGGUAAAGCAUCACUAGAUUUUGCUAAAAUUUGAUGU